CUGGUCGGGGGACUGGUGGAAAACCACGUCUGAGCCACAACGCCAGUGGUGCGCAGGGUGCCGCCGAGGCCGGUCCGACGCGACCGUGGCGCGUGCGACGCUAGAGGGAUUGUGAGCCAGGGGAGCUAAGACAGCGAUCGGGGGGAGGAGAUGGUUCCCUGGGGUACCACAGAUGCGGACCCAGCGCCACAGCACUCGAUCGUAGCCUCGUCUUCACAAGACCCAGCUGCAACUUCGGCGCCACAAGACUCGAUUUUGUUUGAGGACGUUCUGGAGCGAUGCUGUGGUACCGGACGAUGGCAAGUGAUGCUGAUCGCCUACAUGUCCGUGAUGUGGCUCAUCUUCCCGACCUUCUCCAUGUCGAUGAUGUUUGUCGGAGCAUCACCACCUUUCAAAUGCGCUGACGGCUUCGACAUCAACGCCACGUUCGCAUCGCUGCCGGACGAUUUGCCGAAGUGUCAUCCUUUGGGCGACAACAGCUCCUCGUGCACUCGCUGGGUGUUUGACAGGUCCGUGUACGAGUCGACUGUGGUGACCGAGUGGAACCUGGUGUGCGGCCGCAAGCCGAUGUUGUCCAUGCUGCAGUCUGUGCUGAUGCUGGGAGGUAUCGCCGGCUCGCUGCUCGGCGGACAGCUGACGGACCGGUUCGGACGACGACCCGUCUUCCUGCCUGUGAUGCUACUCGUCAUCGCCUGCUCCUUCUCCGCGGCGCUGGUGGGCGACUACGUCAGCUUCGUCGUGAUUCGAGGACUCACGGGCUUCGCCAUGGCUUCCAUGAUUGCCAGCCAGUAUGUGCUGGUGACGGAGCUGAGCGGCUGCAAACACCGGGCGGCUCUGACGACCGUUACCUUCCUGCCGUUCUCAAUUGGGAUCAUACUGGUGGCGGCCGCGUCGUACGGCAUCCGCACGCGCUGGCUGCUGCAGCUGGCGUUCGCCGUGCCCAGUCUGCUGUUCCUGCCCAACUUCUGGCUGAUGCCCGAGUCGCCGCGCUGGCUGGUGCUUAAGGGCCGCCUUGAUGAGGCGCUGGUCAUCCUGCGUCAAGCGGCGUACUGGAAUCGCCGAAAGAUACCAUCAGACGAAGAGGUACUGAAACUCAUGGAGGAGGCGCGCAGGGGUCUGCUGGCCCGAGAAGCGGCCCUGAAAGGCACAAACAAGUCCUCCGCCUUCCAAAGAGUCCUCGACUUAGUGCGAACCCGGCAUAUGUGCAUCAACACGUUGGCAAGCGCCUACGUCAGUUUCGCCAUCUCAGGAUCCUACUUCGGCAUCUCAUUCGACAUGACGCAGCUGAGUUCCAGCCCCCACCUGGCUGCAGCUCUCUCGGGUUUGGUGGAAAUCCCUUCUGCGCUUGUGUUCCUGUUAAUGAACCGAUAUGGUCGUCGUCUGACGCUGUGCGUGUCUUUGUUGGUACCAUCUGUCUGCAUGUUCCUCGCAUUCAUCAAGAAAGACAGCACAUUCUGGAUGCUUUUGGGACUUGUUGCUAAGCUCGGGGUGGCAAUAGCGUUCAACAUUAUCGGUAUCUACGUAUCUGAGUUCAUGCCGACCCAACAGCGAGGCCUGGCACUUGGCGUCCUGCAGACGGCCACAAGGAUCGGCGGCGCCGUGUCGCCGUUCGUGGUGGACCUGGUGAGCGGCCUGCACGAGCUGGCGCCCUCGGCCGUGUUCGGCGCCGUGGUGCUGCUGGCCAGCCUGGCCACCCUGCUGCUGCCCGAGACGGCCGGACAGCCCAUGCCCGAGACGGUGGCAGACGUGGAGGAGGCUUACCGACGGCGGAAGGCCGCCAGCGCGCCCGCCGGCCGCCAGCUGAGCGGCAUCAGUAACGCGGCCAUGCAGCGAGACGAUGCACUAUGAUGGAUGGCAGAGUCAUCAUUUUGUCUGUACAAUUACAAGUGAUUCAAAUGAGGUUUGAGUUCCUAGACCUAAGGUCACGAGCCGAGAGCAGCUGCGCAUGUUGACCUUUUCAAAGUCGGAUUGCAUAUCAUUCGACGAGUCUUGAUGAGAAAAAUAUGUUCAUGAAAAAAUCGAUGACAUGAAAACAGUGCAUAAAGAGUCAUUGCAGAAAAAGCUGUGAUACGAAAAGCGUACAUAAAAGUGAAUUAGUAACCAGUUACUUACGCGACGCCGAUAAAAUAUACGUUGUUUUAUUAUGAUCAUGUAAAACCAGUUGCUGCAUAACCUGCAUUGCUGUGUUUAGGUCAGUCAAUAAUCAUUCAGCUUUUAUUCUGUCUCACAUAAGUCAUAGACAUUCGUUUGCUCUGUUUUCAGAGUUUAUUUUUAUGCCUACUCCUAUUGUCCGCCAC